AAACCUUCCUGUUGCAGCACCAGCAGACGGCUGACUGGAGCAGGAUCAGGAGGAGACCUCUGGAUCUUUAUUUGUCUUGCGUCACCUGUAUGACUUGAUUAUACAGUUGCAAUGAAUCACAGCAAGGAUGACUUUGUGCCUUUUGAAUAUUCCUACUAUGACUAUCCAGACUGGUACUCGAACAACGCAGAGCCAACAAAACCACCCAAAGAAGUUAUUUUACCAUGUGACCCCACUGCAGAUGACAAGCUCUUCCACAUAUGCAUGCUAUCAAUAUCACUGCUGAUCAUGUUGAUCCUGGCAGGUCUCACCAGGAAAAAUAACUUCUGCCAGGGUUUCGCAAGAGGAUCCUCCAGCAUCUUCAGUCCAGCCAACUUCCUGGAUCAGACUCAGAAAAAAGGCAUUGCUAUGGCUGUUUUUGGACUGGUGUUCAGCAAGCUGGCAGUGCUGGUGAUCGCCCCGGACCCUCUGCCUUUCUCCAAAGAUACUCCGGCAGAAAUUAAAGAGUACAUGAAGAUAAUUGCCAUUUUUUACUACCCAGUUCUGUAUUAUCCUCUGCUGGUGUGCGGCACUGUGCAGCGCAAAACAAGUUAUGUGUUUGGGACACUCCUCUCCUUCAGUCACUUUGGUGUCCUGGUGUGGCAGAAGUUUGACUGUCCAAAGACUCCAGAGAUCUAUAAGUACUAUGCUCUACUUGCAAGUCUGCCUCAGCUGGCCUGCCUUGCUUUUCUCUGUGUUCAGUUCCCUUUGCUGUUUGUGAAUGGCCCAAAGACUGAUGAGGACCUUGACAGCAGCUACUACACCAACUAUGUAAAGUUACUUCUCAAGAAAAAGUCCUCCACUGUCAGUUCAUCAGCAGCAGACAAACCAACCCUGACAGAGAGAAUUGUGGAGGUGUUUAAGAGUUAUAUUUAUAUUCCUGAAAAAGUGUUUCGUUUCCCACUGAAGCUGGCAGUGUCAUCGUUCGUCACCUGUGUGGCAAUUUAUCAUACUGCACUCUUGUUAGUGGUCCUGGUGGUCCCCACUCUGCACAUUGUUCGUGCUGGUAUUGAUGAAAACAUCGCCUUCUUGCUACUGGGGUUUGGGAUUGUCCUAUCAGACGACAGGAUGGAGGUUGUCAGAAUUGUGACUUUUUACACUUGGUUGCUGGAAGUAUGCUACCUCUGUGCGAUGACCCUGUCUUGUUUGGUCAGCCUUAUUAUGCUGAUGAGGUCCAUGGUUCUCCACAGAUCAAACCUGAGAGGACUGUAUAAGGGAGACAUUUACAAGAUUUACAACAGCCAGAAAACCGUCCGUCCCUCCAGACCUGGUGUUGUUUGUUGGAUGGGCUUGACAGGAUACCAGGCUGCAAUCGUCAGCCUCGGGAUGGCCAUUCAGACUGUUGUGUUUUUCAUCUGCUUCUUGUUCCUGGUGUUUUUGAUCAUCAUCCCGGUCUUUUAUGGCCGUAACAUCAUUGUCUUUGAAAUUGUGGGAAAGGCAUGGCCGGCCUGGGUCACGCUGAUACUGGUUACAGGGCUUCAGCACGUGACUGCGAAGAUUGCUUUCAUCAAAAAGGAAGCAGGCACACGAGACCUGAAUAACAGAGAGAGCCUGUUCCUCCUGACCUACCUGCUGUUCCUGAUCAACACCGUGCUCGGACUGAUCGUUGGCAUAUGGAGAAUAGUGAUAACAGCUUUGUACAACAUCAUCCAUUUUGGUCGUAUGGACGUCAGUCUGCUGCAUCGCACUGCAGAGCCCUAUGACCCAGCCUACAGAUACUACACACACUUCCUGAAGGUGGAGGUCAGUCAGUCGCACCCAGUGAUGAAGGCUUUCUGUGGGCUGCUGCUAGACAUAAUGGUUGAGGGUGGCAGAGCUGGACGGAAAAUACGAGACGCAGAGGAAGCCUGCUCCUCCUUCAUGCUUUCAGGGAUUCAGGAGAAUAAGCCAAGCAAGGUGACCAGCAGUCAAAGGAUUCGCUCUCGCUGGCAGCUGCUGUACACACUGGUUAACAACCCCUCCUUGCUGGGCUCCAGGAAGCAUUUCCAGACACUGCAGAUCUCAGACAAUGUCCUGAACGGCACCCCCAACCGCACCUCCAAGAAAAGCAGCAAGAGGGAGUCCAGCAAGCCAGCUGCAGAGCCAGAACAGUCCACUGAGACCCCAGAAAGCCAAGAAAAAACUGAAUGAGCUCACACUAAAGUUGGAAAUUUACUUUAAACAAAAUAUCUAGUGUGGUUUGCAUUAAACAAACCUGUGUGUACUAAAUAUAACACUUUGCAUCAGAAAUAAUCUUUUAGCAUCUAACUUGAUGUGGUCUAAACUAGUCCGUGUUUAAUUCUCAUUUGAUUAAGAUCACGUCCAAAGCACAGACAUGGGAUGUGAUUUUAACCUCGAUCUCUCACAGAACCCACUUACACAGCAGUUUGAUGGACAGAUUUCUCUUUGCCACAAAUUGGAUCAGCUAAUUAAAACUUCUGAAAGGGCUCCGGGGAUGCACUGGAACAAGCCUGACCCAAAGGAUCCACUGCUCAUUUUUCAGUGGCAGACACCAAUGGAUGCCCUGAGAGGUUCCCCGUCUGUGCUCUGAUGGGUCAAAGCUGCACUGCUGACACAAGGGGAAUCUGCACUAUAUUAGACAGUCUAGGCCUUUUAGUUAUUUAAUACUGACGUGCACGAUGCAUAGACUGACAGUGGUGAUCAAUGUCAGCAUCAGAACUGCAGCAGGGAGUCAAUAAGUGGUCCUAGUUUAUUUUUGCCUUGGGCUAAUGUAGUCAUGUCAGCUCAUACUGAUUCUACAUUAUCUGUUCUCUGUGCUUUGGGAGGAUUUUCAAGACCGUGGAUGGUUGAAUUUAUAUGUAGACCAACUUAAUAGAAAAACCAUAAAGAUUUCACAAGCUGGAGAUACAAAAAUAUAUUUACUGCAGUAUAAAUUUGCUGUCUGCUGCAUAAUGCAGCGUAAUAUCUUGAUAUGUUAUUAGAAGAGUGUGCAGGGAUCAGUUUUUACUUACAAUUCAGCUUCAACAUAAAUCAGAUGGUGCAUAUGAUGAUUCAUAUUGUCUCAUAUUUAGAUACCUAAUUACAUUUUUCUAUUACUUUUACCUUAUACGAUGUUUUACAAUAUUACAAAGUGACUGUUGAAGAUAAAUAAAAGACUCAAAUGGAUACUGUGCUAUUAAAUUUGUGUAGUUUUUCUUAAAUCCCUCUUUUAAAACUAUAUCAAUAAUUUUUUAAAAACUAAAUUCACAGUUUGUAUAUCAAUUAAUUUUGUUGAUGACUGUAUUACUGCUGUAAAACUGCAUGAUGUGUGUGCAAUAAUGUGUCUCCCCAUUCCUGGUGAAUACAGUUGAAUGCUGUAAAUGCCGAUACCAUUGAGGAAACUAAUAUUAACAGAUACACACUAUAUGAUUUUAUGCUAUAUUAAAAUAAAAUGUCUGAUGAGUGCAAAGACUCUGUGCUGGCAACA